AUAUAUACCUUUUUUUUUUUUAUGUUUCCCGUCUACAUUUCUCACUCCAUUUUUCCAAUCAUAUACUUUGCCAAACAUCAUUUCUUGGAAUAUCUGUUCUAUCAUUUCCAGAAAUAUCAGUUUUUGAAAUCUUUGUUGUGUCGGGUUUCCAGAAAAAUGAAUUCUUGAAAUCUUUUUUGUAUUGGGUUUCCAGAAAAAUAAAUUCUUGAAAUCUUUAUAAAAAGAAUCAGUUGGUGGUGGUGAUGAAGUUCUGGAAAAUCUUGAAAGCCCACAUAGAGGAAACAUUGCCUGAAUGGCAAGAUAAGUUCUUGUCAUACAAGGAUCUGAAGAAAGAGUUGAAAUUGAUUUAUCCUCAGCCUAAGGAUGGUGAUAAUAAUAGGCCUAAGAAAAGGCAAAGGUUGGAUGAUGAUGAUGGUGUUACAAAGGAAGUGAAUGAUUUUGUGAAGCUGUUAGAGGAGGAGAUUGACAAGUUUAACAGUUUCUUUGUUGAGAAAGAAGAGGACUACAUCAUUCAGCUUAAGGUAUUGAAAGAGAGGGUAGCUGAGAUGAGAAAGUCAAAUGAAGAGGUGAUUAGAGUAGGUAGGGACGUCGUGGAUCUGCAUGGAGAGAUGGUUUUAUUAGAGAAUUACAGUGCUCUUAACUAUACAGGACUUGUGAAGAUUUUAAAGAAAUAUGACAAACUCAGUGGCGAGCUUCUUCGUUUGCCUUUCAUCCAAAAGGUGCUCGAGGAGCCAUUCUUUGAAACAGAGGUUCUAAAUAAACUAGUGAAGGAGUGUGAUACCCUUCUUAGUCACCUUUUAUACCAAACUGAACCACUUAGAGUACGAGAAGCGACAGAAGGUAAUGCAGGAGGUAGUGGAGAGAGGCCAGUCAAAGUUCCUGAAGACCUUGCAGAGAUAAAGAACAUGGAGAACAUGUACUUCAGACUUACAUGUUCAGCACUGAGAGUCUUGCAGGAGAUUCGUAGCGGAAGUUCAACUGUCAGCAUGUUCUCUUUGCCACCAAUGAAGACCAACGAGCUCGACAAAGUCUGGAAAAAUACUCCAGUAGUUGAACAAGUAGCAAAGUAGUGUUUUACUGAUGUCUGUGACAUGUUCUACAUAUAUGUCUUGCUGGUUUUGAUUUUUGUCAAUACAGGUAUUGUACAUCUAGAAGCAAUGAGUGCAGUUGCUGGGACUACAUUACCUUACAGCUCAUAUGUAGCUUUAGAUUUCUUGUAAUACCUUCUAGAGAUGUUAACUGAUAAAUAUAUAUAUAUAUAUAUAUAUACAUUCCCUCUGUA